ACACAAAUGUUCAGUAUAAUCAAAUCUGUGAUUUGUGCAUAAGUAAUUAGUGCUGGCUGCCUCACAAGGUCACAACACAAGGAAAAUCAAAUGUCAAUAUCACUACAAAUGAUCUCACUGUUGGAAUUGGAUCAUAUACUAAAAAGGGAGGCAGGGGGUUGACUUCAUGCAUGAAUUGAUGAGAAGAAACUCUAUAUUCCAUUUACUGCAACUGCAUGCAUUUGUGGAGAUCUCGGUAAUAAGACGUGCUGCUGCGCUGACCGCCUUAUUACAUGCACGAAAGAUUAUAUUGACAAAUAACAUAAGAAAGAAAGAAAGAAAAAUAAAAUAAAAUAAAAGGAAAGGACCUGCAACUGCUCAAUUUUCAGCGGAUUUAAGAAAAUCAAGAAAAAUAUAUUGAGAGUAUUUUCAUAGUUUUAAGGAUUUUGCUCUGGUAAUACAAAUAUAUUUUCAGUUUUUGACACGUGUCAAAUUGUGAUUGGCAUGUAAUAAAUAGGAAUUGCAACUCCCCAAAUAUUUUGCUGGAAUUGAAGAAAAGUCAUCCUAAAGAGGUAAAAAAAGACUAAAAAGAGGGAGAGAGAAAGAAAAGAAACAGCUUCCUCCCACACUGUUUGUUUCAGUGUCUUUAUAUUCUCCAGCAAAACCCUAAUAUGCUCCCUCCCUUUUUACCUUGUAUAGAUAGAGUUUUGUUGUUGAUGUUAAAGAUCAAAAGCAACAAAUCAAAUUGUGUUAGAGUCUUAGAGACAUUGUAAUCUCAAGACUUAUUAUAAGUGAAUUUCCCAAAACCCAACUUCAUUUGUCUGUCUCUCAUUCUCAGACUUCCUCCUUGAAAAUGAUCCUCAGAAAUUAACCGAACAGAAGAAGAAGGAAAGACACACACACACACACAAACACAUAUACACUUAUAUUGAAGCAAUUCAUUCAUUCAUAGCAAACAUUGAGCUUCAGAAUGAUUGAUGGUUAUGAUCAUGAUGCAGCAGCAGACCUCUGCACCACCCGCGUCUCACUCAAUUACUCCCCCCUCCUCCACCACCACCGCCAUUAGAUCACCUACGGCAACCCCCACACACUCGCAGCAGCCAUCGCCUCUCUCUCGCCAUGCUCUGCCUCUGCCCGCGCCACCUGUCGAUCACGUACUGCCUAUCGCCGCUGCGCACCCUUCCAGUGAGCCUGCGUCCACAAUUCCGUGCCCACUUGCGAGGGUCCGGCUCUCCGAUAUUGCCCCGUAUGACGGGGCACCGAGCGGGCCGUAUUUGAGGGCGGUGGAGGCGCUUUCGGGGUCUCUGAUGAGGCACAAUGCGGCCGUCAUCGAAUUGGGUAGCGAGGACGCGGCUCUCUUGCGCUGCGGCUUGGAAGCUUCCAGGUUGUAUUUUAGGAGUAGAGCUCAGCUCGGUGCUGGGAAAGGAAGCCGUGGAGUUUACAUGUACAGAGCUGGCAGGGCUUUGGAAGAUUGGGACUCAUCCCCACCAUGCAUGGCCGAUAUUUUCAGGUGCAUGGGCAAGGCGGCCCAUGUUGCGUUGUGUGCAAUAGCUAGGCAUCUUCGUUUGCGAAGCGAUGUUUUUAACCAGUUACUUGAUGAUACUCCCCUUCCUGCUAAUGAGGUGUCCUCAUCAGUGCUUGUUGCAACCUACUCAAAUGCUUCCAUGCAAAAUGGAAAAGGUGCUAUUGGGGGAGGGAAGCCAGGAAUGAAUGGUGAAGUUGAGAAGGGGUUGUUGACAUUGAUUUCCUCAGACAGUCCUGGUAUACAGGUAUGUGACCCCAAUGGUCGUUGGUACCUAGCAGAGGUUGGGUUAGCUCCUGGGGAUGUUUUGCUACUUACAGGUAAGGCACUCAGCCAUGCUACAGCUGGCCUUCGCCCUGCUGCAUCAUAUAAAGCUGCUUCCGAUUACUCCUCAGGCAUUAAUAAUGGCGGGAGGACAUCACUUGCAUUUAGGCUCAUGCCACAAGGUAACGCUAUAUUAGAUUGCUCUCCAAUUGCAGCGGCUGGUCAUGUCAUUCCCCAGAGCUAUGUCCCAAUAUCUGUAAGCCAGUUUAUGGAUGAUCUUUCUGCUGAGGAAGAUGUAUUGGGCAGUCGUUCUGAUAGUACUUAUGUAGCUCGAAAUAAUUCAAACAAAGAACCAUCUUUAAGAAGUGUUCUCUCAGAUCCCUUAUCUGGUGCAUUCCUUGAAGAUGCUGUGGUAGUUUCCUGUGGGCAUUCAUUUGGCGGUCUCAUGUUAAGAAGAGUCAUUGACACAUCAAGAUGUACCCUCUGCAGUGCAGACAUUGAGAUCGGGUCUCUGGUUCCUAAUCUUGCUCUGAGAGCUGCAGCUGCAGCAGUGAAGCAUGAGGAUGAUCGAAGGCUAUUUCAUAACGCGACUAUCCGAAAGCGUCGGAAAGAAUUGGGUGACCAAAUGGAUUUAUCAAGAAGACCAAACAGGGAAAAUGGAGAUGUUGGUGAUGAUGGGCUUCGUGGGGUGCAGUAUCCAUUUUCUGUGAAUGAAAAAGUGGUAAUCAAGGGGAACAGGAGGACUCCAGAAAAAUUUGUUGGGAAGGAGGCGGUCAUUACAUCGCAGUGUCUCAAUGGCUGGUACUUGCUCAAGAUUAUUGAAACUGGAGAGAAUGUUCGCCUGCAAUACCGUUCCUUAAGGAAGAUGUAGAACGCGCCUGCCAAUGAGGACAAUGCUCUUCACAAACCAUCGAGAACAGCAUCUCACGAAAUCAUUAACUUGUUGUAGUACUUAAACCUCGAUAUGGAAGUUGCUUGUCAGUCCACCACCCCUUUGUUGUAACUUCUUGUGUUGGAAUAUGUAACCAUAAGAGAAGUAGUGUAUUAGAAUCUGAGUCUCAGUUGAGCGCUUGUAAAAUGGAAAACAAUGAUACGUUUUUAGUUAGUGUUUUGGGUUUUACAGGUGAUGGUACUUUGAUUUGAUUAUUAAACUCUACCCUGAUCCAAUAGUGAAUUAGGCAGCGAAUGAAGACGACUACAAAUGACACAUGAUGAGUAGGCAGAUAGAGCUUCUGUC